CCCACGACUCUUUCAACACUCAUUGCACAACUGUCACCACCGCAACUCGCACGACUCUCUUCACUGUACCACACCCCCCAUCGCAUCACAACUCACGCACUCCACGACACACACACGCACACCACCACUUGUAGCUUUUCAUCCGUCCGCCUUCUGCCCGCAUCUCACUCCCCGUGCCCCCGCCCACACCCGCUUGGUCCCCUUUCCACCGCAUCACACUACUACUUGACACUACCACCUUAAUACCUCUUCAUCCACCAUGGGCUUUUUCAAGAAGAAGUCGGGCCUCACUAUCCCCCCUGUUGCGCCUACCGAGGGCCAGCAGCAGCGCGCGGUCGCACACGACCCGUACGCUGCGCGCGCCGCCCCCGCCCGCCGUGACCCGUACGCUUCGGCCGGCGGCGACCCCUAUGCCACCGGGGGCGACCCGUACGGCGCUGCACCCGGCCCCCGUGCCGCCGCUGGCGCUGGCGCUGAUGACGAGGACGCGAGCCGCAAUGCCCUGUUUGCCGGGUACAACCCCGGCGCGACGCAGGUGCAGGCCCAGCGCAAGUGGGGCUACGAGGGUCGCGAGACCGAGGAGGACUUCAACGAGGACGAGGAGAUUGAGGGGAUCAAGCAGGAGAUAAGGCAGACCAAGCAGGACUCGCUGGCGAGCACUCGCAACACGCUGCGCCUCGCCCGUGAGGCGGAGGAGAAUGCCCGUGGCACAAUUGGCCGCCUCGCUGACCAGUCUGAGCGCCUCGCCAACUCGGAGCGUUACCUCGACAUUGCAAAGGCCAACUCGCAGCGCGCAGAGGACCAGGCCGCGCACCUCAAGCAGCUCAACAGGAGUAUCUUUGUGCCCGUGGUCACGUGGAACAAGGACCAGAAGCGUGCCCAGCAGGAGCAGAAGAUCCUCGACCGCCACAACAUGGAGCGCGACGACCGUGCCAAGGCGCUCCUCGACGUGCAGGACACGCGCCGCCGUCUCAACGCCGCCGCCAACGAGGGCUACAGCUCGCGCACGCCCGUUGCCGGUGCGCAGAAGGCGCGCCGCGAUGCCCGCCAGCGCUACCAGUUUGAUGCUACGGCAUCCGACGACGAGCUCGAGAAUGAGCUCGACGAGAACCUCGACGAGACGCACGAGAUUGCCAAGCGUCUCAAGAACCUCGCCACGGCCAUGGGCACCGAGGUUGAGAAGCAGAACGGCCGUAUCGGCCAGAUUACAGACAAGACGGACAACCUCGAGUACAAGGUCAAGCUCAACACUACCCGUCUUGCCGCCAUCAAGUAGGCAUGCAGCAUGUUGUGCGCUGUUCCGUAGACUUUUUUUUAUUAAUCGUGUAUACAAGUGAUAUGUGAUGUUUGUUUCCC